UCCUUCAUCGACAAGGUCCGGUUCCUGGAGCAGCAGAACAAGGUCCUCUCCACCAAGUGGGAGCUGCUGCAGCAGCAGGGGCCGGUGGGGCCGAGGAAGAACCUGGAUGCGAUCUUUGAGAACUACAUCCAGAACCUGAGGAGGCGGCUGGAGAACCUGCUGGGGCAGCGGGGGCAGCUGGAGUCGGAGCUGCAGAGCAUGCGGCAGUACGUGGAGGAGUACAAGAGCAAGUACGAGGAGGAGAUCAACCGGCGCACGGCGGCCGAGAACGAGUUCGUGGUGCUGAAGAAGGACGUGGACUGUGCCUACAUGACCAAGGUGGAGCUGGAGGCCAAGGUGGGAGCUCUGACGGACGAGAUCAACUUCCUGAGGUGCAUCUACGAGGAGGAGCUGGCCCAGAUGCAGACCAUCAGCCGGGACCUGUCCGUGGUGGUGUCCAUGGACAACAACCGGCACCUGGACCUGGACAGCAUCAUCGAGGAGGUGCGGCGCCAGUACGAGCAGAUCGCCCAGAGCAGCCGCGCCGAGGCCGAGGCCUGGUACCAGAGCAGGUACGAGGAGCUCCAGAACACCGCCGGGAAACACGGGGACAACCUGCGGAACACCAAGAUCGAGAUCCAGGAGCUGACCAGGAACAUCCAGAGGCUGCGGGCGGAGCUCGAGAACGUGAAGAAGCAGGCGGUUUUGGAAAUUCAGGUGCUCCGGAGGAGAUGGAUGGAGAUGGAUGGAGAUGAGUUGCAGAUGGAUGGAGAUGGAUGGAGAUGGAUGGAUCCUGCCUGUUUGCCCUCGG